AUGGUCGAAAGGAUGCAUCGACAAUUAAUGGCUGCGCUAAUGUGUCAUUCUAAUACUUGGACGAAAGCAUUACCGCUCGUCCUUCUAGGAAUGAGAAGCACUCUCAAGGAGGAUAUAAAAACCUCGGCAGCAGAACUGGUGUAUGGAGAACUGCUGCGUUUACCAGGUAAGCUAAUCGCACCUCAAAGAUUUACAAAUAAUCCUGCAGACGUAAUGGACUACAUAGCAGAUUUAAAAAGGAAAAUGAAAAUAUUACGUCCAAUUUCUGCAUCUCACCACACGCGGCCGUCUACAUUUAUUUUAAAGGAUCUCGCAUCGGCUACUCACGUUUUCCUUCGUGAUGAUGCAGUAAGGCGCCCUCUACAACCACCGUAUACGGGUCCUCACGCAGUUCUUCAGAGAAGAGACAAAACGCUGACCUUAGACGUCAAUGGUAGAAAGGUCACUGUAGGCAUUGAUCGUGUGAAGCCGGCUUACAUUGAAAAUAAUGAAUCAGGCAAACAAACUACUACUCCUGUGACCCCAGCAACCGCUAAUACUCCUCCUUUCUUGCCUGACCGUCCCGCACUUUGGUUUGCUGGUCUCGAAGCCCAAUUCCACAUAAAUGGUGUUACACAAGAAACCACUAGAUACUUUUAUGCUAUAUCCCAACUAGACACCAAGUGGGCAGUAGAAGUGGAGGACAUCAUUACUGAUCCACCAAAGACACAGCCAUAUUCGACGUUAAAAAAUGCACUAUUUACACGAUUUUCAGAGUCCUAUGAUGAAAAGGUUAGAAGAGUGUUAGAAAAAGAGGAGAUAGGCGACAGGAAGCCAUCAUCCUUGACAUCUUAA